GGGUUAUCCAGACCAAAUCCAUGCUAAAUGAACUUUGAUCUGAAAUUUGACAGUGCCAGUGGUCGGUGUUCUUGAAAAUUAAGUCGAGUCUGGAAAAAGAAAGUAUUCGUAAAGACGUUAAUGUAAAAAGUUUCAGCAUACAAUGGCAGUCAGACAAAUUCCAAGUGUAAUGAGAAAAAUUGUUGCAACAAAAUUUAGUCCUAAGUUCCGUGAAGCAACAGAAAUUAUUGAGACACCAGUUCCAUCCCCUGGCCCCUCAGAAAUUCUUAUAAAAAACAGAUAUGUUGGUAUUAAUGCCAGUGAUAUAAACUACACAGCAGGAAGAUAUGACCAGAAAUUAAAGCCUCCCUUUGAUUGUGGAUUUGAGGGUAUUGGGGAAGUUGUUGCUGCAGGAGAUCAAAGUAGUGUGAAUGUUGGACAAUCAGUUCUGUAUAUGAAUAUGGGUGCUUUCUCUGAAUACAAGUUGCUCAAAAGUGCCAUGGCAAUACCUGUACCAAAUACCAAUCCUGAAUUAUUACCCUUAAUGCUGAGUGGGUUAACAGCUUCUAUCAGCUUGGAUAAGUAUGGAGAAAUAAAAGCUGGUGAAACUGUUCUAAUAACAGCUGCAGCAGGUGGUGCUGGACAGUUAGCGGUUCAGUGGGCAAAAAAUGCAGGAUGUCAUGUAAUAGGAACAUGUUCUAGUGAAGAAAAAGUUCAAUUUUUAAAGAGCAUUGGUUGUGAUCGUGCCAUUAACUAUAAAACAGAAGUUUUUAAAGAAGUACUUAAAUCAGAAUAUCCUAAAGGCAUUGAUGUUGUUUUUGAAUCUGUUGGUGGAGAAAUGUUCGAUACAUGUAUUAACAGCCUGGCAGUUAAGGGUCGGUUAAUAAUCAUUGGAUAUAUUUCUGGCUAUGAAAGUGAAAAGGGUUUUAAACCUUCAAGAUUAUCUACUCUUCCACAAAAGCUUUUACCAAAAUCAGCCAGUGUUCGUGGAUUUUUCGUUACGAAUUUUGUAGUAGAUUUUAAAGAAUAUAUGACCAAAUUAGUUCAACUUUUAAUGGAAGGAAAAAUAAAAAGCUUUGUUGAUGUUGGAGAGACCUCUAAAUUUGGACAAUUUAAAAAAUUGGAAGGUGUAUCUAAUGCUGUAGAUUAUCUUUACAGUGGACAGAGUAAAGGAAAAGUUAUAGUAGAAAUAGAUGAUUCAUUUAACAGCAGGUUGUAAUAUAACAGUGGCCUACAGCUUUAAUAUUAUUAUGUGUUGAUAUUGUAUAUUAUAACAUAUAUAAAGCUCAAUGAUAUAUGUUUUAUCAUCUUUCAUUUAUAUAAAAAAAAGAUUGUACUAAAAAAUAUAUACAAAAUUUGUAUAAUAAAUAUUAUUAAAAUA